ACGGGAGCUCACCCUUCGUGCUCUCUCUUUCCCUCUCAACCGGCUCCCUCUCUCUCUUUCUCUCUUUGACCUGUUGGCUGUGGAAGCCGGUUGAAGGCCUGGGACACGAGCUUCGCAGUGUGCUUUCUCCUGAGACUAGACGAAAGAGAAGACAGGUGUGGGGAAGAAGGUUGGCGUCGAGAAGGCUUUGGUCGACUUGUGGGCGGUCGCACGCCUGGGAUCGGUCGGUCGAUUGUGAGAAUUGACAAGGGGAAGGGAGAAGUAGUGGGUGUGGGUGCGCUCUUGUGUUUGUCGUCGAGGCGGGGUUUCCAGCGUGUUCGGAGGGAGGAGUGUGAUUGGGAGGAGGAGGACGUGGGGAAGUAGCCGCCAUGGAGCAUCUCGAAGGGUUGAUGAGUCAGCUGCUUCUUCCUGACAAUGAGGCACGGCGGGGAGCGGAAGAGAAGAUCAACAACUUGGCCAAGGAUCCGACGGUAGUGCCUGCGCUUCUGGCGCACGUUCGCUCUUCGGUACACGAGAACGUGCGACAGCUAGCGGCCGUUCUGCUGAGGAAGAAAAUCACCGGACACUGGAUGAAGCUCGGGGCCGAUGUUCAGGAAUCCACCAAAAAUGUCCUGCUCGAGAGCAUCGUUAAAGAACCCAGCUCACGUGUAAGGCGCGCAAGUGCUGAUGUUGUCAGCAUAAUUGCAAAGCAUUGUGUGCCAUCUGGUCAGUGGCCAGGACUGCUCCCAUUUCUGUUUGAGUGCAGUCAAAGCUCACAGGAAGAGCAUAGGGAGGUGGCACUUAUCCUCUUUUCUUCUUUGACGGAGACGGUUGGGGAUAUGCUGAGGCCUCAAUUUGUCACACUGCAUGCUAUUUUUGUUAACGGGCUGCGUGACAAAGACAGCAGCCGUGUCAGAGUGGCAGCGCUGAAAGCUGUUGGGUCUCUCUUGGAUUGGAUACAAACCGAGCAAGAAGUGGCUGUGGAGAUCAUCUCAUGCUUGGCGCGAUUCAAGCCAAAGACGCUAGUUCGUCACAAGUUGGUUUUGCCGAUUCUCUCUGUCAUGUGCCCAGUGAUCACAGAACCGGAAGGCAGAGAUGAGGAGGAUGAAAUCUCUGCGCACAGGUUUGCUGCACAGCUUGUGGACACUCUUGCAGUGAAUUUACCGAAGAAGCAUGUGUACCCGCCAUUGUUGGAGUUUGUAAAGAUGAAUGCCCACAGUCAAGCGGCAAAUAACAGGGAGGCAGCAUCAAUGGUUUUGGGCAUCAUUGCUGAAGGAUGCAAUGAGGUGAUGAGGCAGGGAUUAGACGAGUUGAUGCCGCUUGCGCUUGGUGGCUUAAGGGAUCCUGAGCCACUUGUCCGCGGAGCAGCGAGCUUUGCUAUUGGUCAAUUCGCAGAGCAUCUUCAGCCCGAAAUCUUGGAGCGUUACGCAGAAUUCCUCCCUGCUGUGUUUACUGUGUUGGGAGACGCGGAGCCUGGUGUCCGCGAAAAGGUGUACUAUGCACUGGACGCUUUUCUUGAGCAACUCGGUGAGGAGCUCCUUCCCUACCUGGAGCCGCUGAUGAACCGGCUUAUGGAAGCGUUGAGAGUGGAGAAGAGGGUGUUCCAAGGUCUCUGCUUGUCAGCGAUGGGGUCUCUCGCCGCCGCUGCCGGAUCUGCCUUCGUGCCGUACGUUGAGACUGUUCUGAGUGUAUUGAAGGAGUUCAUGAUGCUCGAGCAACCUGACGAUCUCCAUGUGCGGUCAAGGGCGACGGAGCUGGUAGGAAUCAUUGGAGUUGCAGUUGGAAGAUCUGUGAUUGAACCCGUAUUGCCGGGCUUCAUGGAGUUGGCGUUGAAGGGUUUUGCUUUGGAUGCUGAAGUGCUGAGGGAGUAUGGGCAUGGCUUCUUUGGGAAUGUGGCAGAGAUCCUAGAGGCUGACUUUGCUCAGUACCUUCCUCAUGUGAUGCCUCAAGCCUUUGCGUCCUGCUACUUGGACGACGGGUCUCUUGUCGAUGUUGAAGGCAGUGAUAAUGAGGAGGAAGGCGAUAUGGACAAUGGAGCCGUUGAUCUUGUCUCAUCUGAUGAGGAUCAUGAGGGUGAUGACACGAAGGUGCGGAACCUUAGCAUCCGAACAGGAGUACUGGAUGAGAAGGCAGCAGCAACCCAAGCGUUGGGUUUGUUUGCGCUUCAUACGAAGGAAGCGUUUCGACCAUAUUUGGAAGAGACUUUGGCAGUCCUGAAGAAGAAUUCUGGUUACUUCCAUGAAGAUGUCAGAGUACAAGCGAUUAUUGCACUCCAACAUUUGCUAACUGCAACUCAGGCAGCGUUCCCAACUGGCAGUGUCGUCGCAGAUGGUGUUACCCUGCCGAUUGCAGCUGAAGUUAAGCACGUUUUGGACACGGUGAUGGAGGCGUACAUUCGGACACUGGAGGAGGAGGAUGACAAAGAGACUGUUGCACAAGCUUGCCUCUGUAUUGUUCCAGUCAUCAAAUCGGUCGGAUUGGCUCCUGUGGAGACGUACAUGAAGAGACUAUCCGAUGGAAUCUUGGAUAUCGUCAAGCAGAAGGCCUUGUGCCAGUGGCAUGGGGAUAGUGACGCUGAGUUGGAAGAGGAGGAGGAUGAGGAGGAAGAGCAUGAUGAGGUGCUGAUGGAUGCAGCAACUGAUGUGUUGCCUGCCAUGGCAUCACUAAUGGGUGCAUCCUUCGAACCCGUUUUCAGAGAACACUUUGAGCCCUUAACGAAGUUCAUGAGGCCUUCACGCCCAGCAAGCGAUCAUACUAUGGUCAUUGCAUGUGUUGCGGAGGUUGCCAAGUACAUUGGCCCUGCCAUCCAGCCCUACAUUGAAUCAGUGAUGCCAGUUGCAAUUAAGGAACUUGCAGCAGAGGAAGCUGGAAAUAAAAGAAAUGCGGCGUUCUGCAUAGGGAAGCUCUGCGAACACGGAGGAGCUACAGCGCUACCAUAUUACCAAAAUGUGCUUGGUGCUCUCCAUCCCAUCUUCCAAAAGGAAGAAGAGGAACCCGCGGUGAAAGACAAUGCGUGUGGAGCAGUGGCCCGUAUGAUCAUGGCAUCCCCAUCUGCACUUCCUCUUGCGCAGGUACUGCCUGUUUUUAUCAGUGGUCUUCCGCUGAAGGAAGAUAUGGAAGAGGCAGAGUCGAGCUAUGGCUGCUUGUGCAACCUUAUACAAGCUGGAUGUGCUGAGAUCCUUCCGCACAUACCUCAAGUUGUGAAGGUUUUUGGCGAAGUGGUGACUCAGGCCGAUGUUCCGGAGCAAGUGAAAGGAGGGAUUGGUUCCACCGUCAAACUGUUGUAUAAUCAGUACAUGGAGCAAAUGCAGCCAGUUUUGAGCAGUCUGCCUCCUGAGCAUGCGCAGGCGCUUUCUGAUCUGGUGGGAAGGGUUUGAAUCUUGAAAGUGAAUUGAAAAUGUCAGCGAACAGGCGGAGCAUACGUGGCAGAAAGGAGGUGAUUUCUGACAUCCAAACGGAUCGAUCACGACACUAAAAAAAAACGGUUUUUGAGGGGUACGUUGCUCUCUGUGGGUGUUUUGCGUCAUCAUCUCCUUGUGGUGCCGCAGCGAGGAUUCCUAAAGUAGAUUGUUAGCUCCCUUCGCUUCCCAUGACACUGAUGCUUUUGUCUCCCCCCUAUUUGUGACUUGGUACAUAGCCCCUAUUUGUCUCCCCCCUAUUUUAGCAGAGCUUCGGUGAUCAGGUAUCAUCUGCUCUGGGAGGUUUUUUCACUUCCCUUGUAUGGUUGGUUGGUUGGUUGGUACAAUGGUACAACUCGGUUGUUGUACCGGUUGGAGCGCCACCUCGGGAAUUAGGUUUGACGACACGGAUUGUGCGCUGUAGCCAGUUUGCCAGGCACACGCAAUCUGCUGUCUGAGUAUACGCAGGUUUGAACCGCAGUUUUUUCAGAGUGAAAAUGAGUGUGGAAUCGGCUCUUGCUAGUAGUCCUUUUCAUUACUUCAGUAGUCUUCUAUGUUUUUUCACUUAGUAGUCAUUUUCAGAGUGAAAAUGAGUGUGGAACGGGAACAGGUACUCACCUGUGGUGUGUAUUGCCAUGCUACUACCCCAGCCUGUGGUUCGCACUCUUCAUCUCUGUGGUUCGUACUCUUGAUCUCGUUUGCUUCUGCUUUCCUAACCCUCACAUCCUCGUACACCUACGAAAGAAAGAAAAAGCACAUUAUUGGUUAUCUGUUUUUUGUAACUUUAUAGCAUUUGCAUCACUGCUCUUUUUUUUUCUCUUUUUUUUUAUAAAAGAAAAGGAAAUUUGCUUUACUGCUC